UCCCCUCCGCUCUUUUCUUUCCCAUUUUCUUUCUCUAGCUACAAACUCUUUUCUUUCCCAUCAUGAAGACGUUCUGAGCUCGAUCGGUCGGGGAAAUGAGGAUCAUGUUGCGGACGCUGCGCGGGGACCGGGUGGCGCUGGACGCGGGGACCGUGGCGCAGGCCAAGGGCAUGGUCAUGGCCCGGGAGCGCCUCCCCGUGGCCAUGCAGCGCCUCUUCUUCGCCGGCUGCCACCUCGACGACGACGACCGGACGCUCGCCGACUACGGCGUCCAACACGACUCUGUCCUCUUCCUCGGUCUCCGCCUCCGCACCGCCGACAGCACCCCGUGCCAGGACGAGAUGCAUAGGCUGCAGGUGCCGGCCGGUUGGACGGCCGCGAAGCAUGAAGUGCACCAGGAGAUGCAUGUGCAUGCCCAUGGCAACGCGCGUGCGCACGGCGGCAGCGGUGGCGAGGAACCCGGGAAGGCCAUGGCCAGGAAGCCGGCGUCGCGGCGCGCGCUCCGGAAGAUCCUCUCGAGGCUGCACGUGGACGCGUGGACGAGGCAGCACGAAGCCAAGCUGCUCGACCUACUACAGCGCCACACGGCGGGACGAGGCGGCGGCGUGGGCGACCUGACCGGCGAGGACUGGUCGGCCGUCCGCGCCGAGCUGAACGCGGCGACGGGGUCCGGGUUUGCCGUGGAGGAGCUGCAGCGGCGGGUGGGCGAGUUCCGGCGCGAGCUCGAGGCCGUGGGCCGGACCAAGAGCCACCCGCGGUUCGGCUACGACCCGCGCCGCCGGGUCGUCGUCGCCGAGGAGGCCGACUGGAAGCGCUACACGCUGGAGAAUCCCGAUGCGGCGGCGUAUGAGGGGAGGAGCCCCCGCCUGGUUCUCCUCCGAGCAGUUUUCGCCGGAGACGGGCAUGGCGGCGCCGGCGCGGAAAGCCAGGAGUCGCGGCCGAGGAGGUACCUGAACAAGUUGCUGCGGAGUUUUGGGCUUCGAUGUAAGCUGUAGACAGACCCACCGAUCAGUCGAUCACAGUUCACACUCUGUACAGUUGGAUGAAUUGGUUGCGGAUUUGAACAAUUUGUUUCCCUUGGACAUUUUUUACCCCAGAUGGAAAAAAAAUCAGAACGUCAGUAGCCAGUGGUUUUUUUUAUUAUGAUGAACAAAGGUAGUAGCUCUGCCGAUUUCAUUAAGUUUAGU